ACACGAUCACACUCUCUACCAAGCCAAGCUCCCUUGCUUACACACCUCUCCCUUUCCUCAUCCUCUCUCCUCUCGCCUCACCAUACUGCUAGGCCGCUAGCUGGAGCAAAUCUAUAUGUGAAGAGAGAGCACCCUCUCAAGGUCACCAGCUUGGAGUUCUUGAUCUCUCUGAGAGGUAACUGCUCCUGCCGAUCCAUCUCCAUGUCGGGCGCGAGGCAUGACCACGCCGGCAGCCACCACCAGCACCACCUCUCCGGGGACUUCCAGUUCCACGACGAGCUCGUGUCGCUGUUCGCGCAGCGGCCCGACGCGCCGGCGACGCCGAUGAUGCAGCAGCCAUGGUUCACGGACUACCUGCAGGCGACCGCGCCGACGCCGCUGGACUACGACGCCUUCGCGGGGGACUUCGACGUGCCGGCCGUGGACGAGGUCGUGAAGAGGGAGCUCGUGGUGGACACUACCGGCGGCGCUGCUGCCGGCAGCGGGGGCGGGGCGACGACGGUGCCGCUCACGCCGAAUAGCAUGUCGAUGUCGUCGACGUCGAGCGAGGCCUGCGGCGCCGGCGCCGGAGCGGGCGAGGAGUCCGCGGCUGGGAAGUGCAAGAAGGAGGAGGGGGAGGAGAGCAAGGACGGAUCGUCGGCGGCCAAGGGAGAUGUGGAAGGGGAGGAGAAGAACAAGAAAGGGGCGGCGAAGGGCAAGGGCAAGGGGGAGAAGCGGCCGCGGCAGCCGCGGUUCGCGUUCAUGACCAAGAGCGAGGUCGACCACCUCGAAGACGGCUACCGGUGGCGCAAGUACGGCCAGAAAGCCGUCAAGAACAGCCCAUUUCCGAGGAGCUACUACCGGUGCACCACGCAGAAGUGCCCGGUGAAGAAGCGGGUGGAGCGGUCGUACCAGGACGCGGCGGUCGUGAUCACCACAUACGAGGGCAAGCACACGCACCCCAUCCCGGCCACGCUGCGCGGGAGCUCGCACCUCCUCGCCGCGCACCACCACGCGGGGCUCCACCACCCGCACUUCCGGAUGCCGCUGCCGCCGCCGGCGCUCGGCGCCCUCGCCUUCAGGCCCGGAGGCGGCGCCGGCAACGCCUUCGACGCGCUCGGCCUCCUGCAGCCGCAGCCGCCGCAGGGCCAGGGCCACCACCACGCCAUGCCGCAGCAGCUAGUGACCGGCGCGGGCGCCGCCGCAGUCUCCACCGGGUUUCAGCAGGUGAACGCCGCCAUUGCCAGCCAACACGCGCUGCCUGACCACCAGCAUGACCUGGCUGCCGGUACUACUGCUGCCACCGCUACGGCGGCAGCUAGCGCUCCGCUCCGGAUGCAGCACUUCAUGGCGCAGGACUAUGCUGGCCUCUUGCAGGACAUGUUUCCAUCCUUCCUUCACAACAACGACGAUGGCGACACUCAUCACCACCAUUGAUAAUGGCGAUGAUCAAGGACUAGUCUGGUAGAGAUUUGGUUGCUGUUAACUUUUUUGGUUCUUGUGUCAUUGUAUGGUGAUAUGAUCUGAGGUAGCCAGUAGUAGCAUCGAUCAGCAUUAGGGCGGACGGGCUCCAGUACUAGAAGUUUGUUGUACAUGUACCUGAUUCUAAUGAGCUCCUCAUGCUUUGCACUUAAUUUGGGACAUGCAUGUACUGUGCUGUUGAGCCGUGGGACAGUUUUAUCCUCUAGCUUAAUCGUGACAUUUCCUUGAGUUCAUCAGGACAA